UUAAUACUUAUUUUCGUUGCCAAGCGUAUGGCAACACUUCGAAUGUUUUUGUUGUAUCUGUUUUGCCAUGGACAUCUGCGAUUUGAAUAGGGUCUACAAUUUAUGGUUUAUGAUCUACAUCUGAUAAAUUUUAUUUUUAUUUAGACUCUGGGUUUUGUUUCCCUAUUUACUAGUAUUGCUCAGAACCGGUGCAAACAGCAGAACACCCUCCCCCCUGAACCACGGAACCCCUUUCAUGACACAUUUCUCUGCAACCACGUGCUCACCAUAGGUAAGAUCAUGUCUGAUUCUGAUGACUCUAGUGAAUGUUUGCCAGAUUUUUAUUUACAGAUUUCAUCUGAAUGCUCUAAAUCUUCCAGAAAAUCUGUUGCAGACUUACUUAAUGAAACACAGGCAAUGAUCCAAGAAUGUGAGAGUGCUGCUGCAGUAAAACAGAAAGAACAAGAAUUGGCUAACUUCAUAAUUGACAGCAGUUCCCCAGAGCUAGAAGAAGAUACAAAUGAAAAUGAAGUUUUUAAAGAAAGCGUAAAGAUUUUUAAUUUCCACAGUUCAUUUGUUUUCUUCUGUUUAAAUGAUGUAACACUGGAAAGUUCAGGUCACUUGGAUGAUUUAACUAAAUUUGAACACAUUUUUACAUCAAAGCGACCUUCUGUAUUAGAACAUGUUUUGUCUUCGGUGUUGUCAAUUUUUACUUCAAAUUUAGCAAUUGAAACUUCUGUCAGUCAGACUAAAACAUUUAUAAACUUUUUGUUAAAAACUAUGUGCACUCAUAAUGAUGAAGGAACUGUUCAAGGCUGUUAUAAUGUAAUAGAGCAAGUCAUCAGAACUCAGUCUGAAGUGAAGUUUUCCAGUGAAGAGAUAUUUACAUUUCUUUUCAAUUAUGGUGCUGAUAUUGACUCUUGGAUGCUUUUAGAUGUGCUACCAGGAGACUUAAGAAAACCUACAUUUUGCAAAUCAAGACACAAUGGAAUCAUUGAUGCAUGGAAGGGCAAUUUGAGAACAUUUUUAAAUAUUCUGGAGUACAUAGUGUUCUACUCAUGUAUUCCUGAUGAGGACUUGUGUGAUAUCAUUAAAUAUCUUUUAUUUUCUUUUCUUGAUGAACACAUUCAAGAGGAGUAUAAUGUAGAAAGGCAAUUUAAACAAUGCAUUGGUAUCGUCUUAGAGGCAAUACCAGAAGAAAUCUGGCAAUAUGCUUUUUCAGUUAUAUUUAGUUUCAUCAUGUCUAUCGGAAAGAUUUCUUCUCUAGGCAGUUGGAAUAAUGUUUGUCUUCUUUGUAAAGUAAUGCCCAAGUACUCUGAGAGAGGAAUGAUUUUACAAAAAGCAGUUGCAAUCAGCUGUUUAAGAAAACUAUCAGGUAUCACAGAUAAUAUUGAGCCAAAUCUGGAAGCAGCAGAGUAUUCAGUUUUAGAUUUAAAAGAUAUAUUGGAAAACCUUGGUGAAUUGGAAUCUCAGCUCUGCAGCACAGCUGUUACCUUGAUCGAUAUUUGCAUUAGUUACCUUCAAAUAAGUUUAAAAACAGAUUAUGACAGUCUUUUGGAUUCUUUGAGGUCUUGCGGAGACAGACUAAAGGAUAUCACUUCUCCUUUAUCAAUGGAUAAUUGUGAACAUAUGGCAAGGAUAUUCUCAGAACUUCAAAUAGUUCAACCUAUGCAAGGUUUAAAAUAUGAAUUUUCUGAUGAAUAUGACUAUGAAAAUAUUGAUCCAGUGUCACAUAUUUUAACACCUAAUUUUGAAUCGACUACAGUGGAGACGUCAAUAAAACAAGAACUGGUAACACCAGAAAAACCUCUUCAUUUACCUCAGUUUACCGAAAGCACUGGUAAAGGAGUUUCCACUCCCCCCUUGACUAAUACAUCCGUUAAAAUCAGUCAGAAUUUCGGUGAAUUGAAUAUUUCAACUAAAAUUACAUAUACUCCCAAAUAUGCUGAUUGCCCAUGCCAUGAAAAUGAUUCAAAAGAAAUGCAUUCUAAUGCUAGUUGUCCUAUUAUUAAUUCUAGUUUGCAUAAUAACGUAAGCAUUGAUUUAGAAGAUGUCACUAAUAAUUUAAAUAUUACUCAUCAUGUUGAGAAAAUUGAUAAAACUUGUAUGAACACUUUUCGCAUGCCUGAAACUUUUUUAAAUGAAACACCUGUUAAAACUGUCUUGAAGAAAAUUGAUAAUAAUAGUCAGACAUGUUCCACUUCUGCCUAUUCCCAAAUUACACCGAAUUCUCAAGAUAUUAUUCAUAAUGUUAAUCACAAGGAAAUGGUUAAUAAGAGUUUGGCUGAUAAUGAAUGUGUCAGAUUUCCAGAUAUUAAAAGUGAUGUUGAUGAGGAUUUUGUAAAUGCAGUUUUUGAGCCUAAAAAUGUUUUAAAUGAAACACUUGUUAGACCUGUCUCAGAUAAAAUUAAUAAUAAUAAUGAGGCAUAUUCCACUUCUGCUAAUACCUUGAAUUCUCGAGAAAUUAUUCAUCAUGUUAACCAUAUUAAUCACAAGAAAAUUGUGAAUAAGAGUUCUGCUGUUCAAGAAGGCGUUAGAUCUUCUGAGAUUAAAAAUAAUGUCAAUGAGAGUUCUGUAAAUACAUUUUAUGGACCUAAAAAAAUUAAGAAUGAAAUGCCUGUAAGUACAUUUUGUGGACAUAAACAAAUUGUGAAUGAAACACCUGUUAGAGUUCGCUCAAGGAAUACUACUACUAAUAAUAAUCAGACAUAUUACACUGCUCCUUCUCCCUGUAUUACACCAAAUUCUCAAGACAUCAUACAUAAUGUUAGUAAUAUUAAUCAGAAGAAAAUUGUAAAUAUGAGUUCUGCUGCUCAAGAAAGUGUCAAAUCUGAAAUGAACAAUGAUGUUAAUGAGACUUCUAUAAAUACACUUUGUGUGCCUAAAAAAACUGAUUUAAGAACUUUUUUCUUUGCUAAAGACUCUGAUGAAAAAAUUUCUAGUCAUCCAGUUUCUAGGAAUGAAAUUGUUAAUAAUAACCCUAUUUGUUCUAAUUCAUUAACUGCUCGUGAAAUUAGACGUGACGUUAAUAAAAAUCAUUGUGAAAAAGUUGUAAAUGAAAGUUCUUCUAAGCAACAAUCUGUUGAACGUUUGGAAAUUAAAAGUGCAGUUAAUGGAGCUUAUGCAAAUGACUCAAGUGUGCCUGUAAAAAUUUUAAAAAAUAAUUCAGAAGUGAUUACAAUUGAUGAUGACAGCCCCGAUGAUAGAAAUCAUCCAGUUCUUUUUAAAGAUGUUGUUAACGAUAAUCCUGUUUGCUCUACUUCUUGUCACCCAUAUAAGGCAGUGAAUGCUCAUGAAAUUCAUAGUAAUAUAAAUAAAAUUCAUCAUAAUAAAGUUAUAAAUAAAAGUUUUGCUAAUCAAGAAUAUGCUAAUCAUUUGAAAAAUAAAAGUAAAAUUGAUAUGGUAUCUGUAAAUAACAUUAGUGUGUCAGCAAAAAAAUUUAAAACUGUUUCAGAAGUGGUUAUAAUUGAUGAUGAUGACCCUGGUGUUAAAAGUUUAAGUAAUCCGGUUUUUCCGAGGGAAAUUGUCAAUAAUAAUCCUGUAUGUUCCACUACUGUUUUACCCAAUCUUACAAGGACUGCUCAAGCAUGUGUUGAUGGGGCAAAUGUGAGAACAAGUACUGUAAAUGUAACUAAAUCAAAAGAAAUAAUUGCCAUUGAUGAUAGUGAUGAUGAAAUUCAAAUUUUAAAUCACUCCGUGAAGCGUACAAAAAUACACAAUGUGUUUAGUAAGCGUACUAAAUUGGAUAAAUCUUCUCACCUAGCUAAAAAACCUACGGAAACCUCUCAUAAAAAAUCAUCCAUCUGUCUAAAGAAGCCAACUGAGAGUUCUGGCAUUCGAAGUUUAUUCAAUUUUCCUAAUACUGCCUCUUCUAAUUCAUUACCAAGACCUCCUGAAGUUUUACCCAUCUUAAGUGAUGAUGACUGCCAAAUAAUAUCUGAUGAUGAGAUUAUCUGUUUAAAUUGAUUAUCUUGUGAGAAAAAAUGUUUUGUUUUUAGCAAUAUGGUUACUGUUUUGUUUUGUUUUAAGUUUAUUUCAUGUAGUUUGGGUAAAAGAAGUGCUUAUUAUUUUUGGUACCAUGAAGUAUCAAAAGUAUACCUAAGUAUCAAAAUUAUAUUUUAAAACAUAAGAAUUGAAAAAUUUGUUUUGUCUUUAUAAUGUUUUGUCUUUUUUUUAGAAACCUUAUUUGUCUGUAACAAAAAUUCAUCAUUUCAUAAUUAAUCAUUGGUAGCCACAUGAAUAAAAUUUGCCAUUUGCAUAUUGCAAUAAAUAACUAUAAAAAAAUGACCAUUCUGUCAAUAACUGUGCAAAUAAUGCCUGACAGAUAUGCAUAUAUCUCUUCAGUUUUUGGUUUAAUAUAUGCAGUAAAGUGUAAACAGCAAAAUUUUAUUGGUUUUAUAAUAAUAUUAUUUUAUUAAUUAAUUGAUUUUGGCUUAAUAUUAUUAAACCUUUCCAAUGUCUUGGUAUUUGUCAUUGAAAAAUAUUAAUUUAAAAAAAAAAAUUUGAAUAAUGUUAAAAAAAAAUUAACCAUAUUUUUUUAAUUUCUUGAAAAUGUCUUUGUGACACAAGAACACUCUUGGUUGCAAUAGAAUUAAAUUCAAAAUGGUUAAAUAUAAAUCAAAUAAGUUAAUAUUCCUGUCUUCAAUUUUAAAAUUAUUAUAAUUUUAAAAGAGGAUAUUUUUUUUUUAAUAAAAGGUACUUUCUUUUUUACUGCUUUAAAGAAUAGAAUGAGUAAAAUAUGCAUAUAUUGGUCUGAAAUUGUGACAUCACAUUAUGAUAUAUGUCUUCAUUUGUUAUGUGAUAAAUAGAUUUAUUAAGAAUUUUUUUUUAAGGUAGAAAUUUUUUGUUGUUGUUGUUGUGUCCAAUCCUUCAGGAUCUAGCGACAGCUAGAUCAAAUCCAAGAGACCGUGGACCCUAGCAAAAUCAAGCACCAGAAGUCGGCUAUCACGGAUGUCCGCAAGACCGAGCCCCAAGCAGUCGAGGAUAUGAUCGGAGGAGGCCGGCAUCAUAUGGCACUUGGUGUACGUUGGAAAGACUUUGCGGCCGCAUUCAAAGGUCAUGCUUUAGCAAUUUUCUCAUCAGACAAAGCAAUUGUUUUAAAGAUAAAGAUAAUUAAUAAUUGAUUAUUGAUAAUGAUAAUUUGUCUUCAAAAAAUAGAUUUCCUAAAAAUUAAAAAACUCAAAUUUUCAAUCAACUGAGAAUUAGUGAAUUUAAAUUUAAUUGAAAGAGGCUGUUAAAAUAUUUUCUGAUGUUAAAAUAUUUUCAAAAUUAUGUUAAAAUAUUUGUUCUGAUAUUUUCAAAGCUAUUGAGGUUACUAUAAAUUGCCAAGUGAUCAAAGAUGCCUCACUAAAGUACAGCAAAGUAAUAUACUUGGGGGAAAAAACUUCUGAUGUUUAGUCACAUUGUUUUAGUCAGUCUUGUUAUUUCCAUCCUAGAUGGUUAUUUUGAUAUAAGUCAGUCUGAUAUUGUAAGCAACUUGUUUAAGACCCUUAAAAACAGCUUACUUUUUGGGUCAGAAAAUAUGAAUAUAUUUGAUAUUUUUGGUCUAUCAAUGUGUUGAUUACUUACAAAGAAUUCUUAUUUUUGAAUCUCAAUUUGAAAAAUCUAUUUUAUUUGUAAUCGAACCCUGUUAUAGUGAACUGUUUGGAUCUAGUAAUAAGUCCACUAACAUAUCCUAAUUCUUUGAAAAAUUAUUUUUAGUAUAUAACAAUAGUGUUGUUAGAAAUAGUGAUUACAUUAUUUGUAUUAUUUACUGAUAAAAUAUAUUAUAUAGCAAAUAACAUUCUAUGGAAGUAAUUAGUACGUUUCAAAAAAAUACAAUUAGAUUUUAAGUAAGAUUUUACCAUUUUUCGUAUCAACAAUUAGUAAAGAAUUCAGUAUUUUCUAGUCCUCAUAUUCUCCUGGGGAAAAAAAUCAGAACUUAAAUACCAAGUUCACUUCUGAGGUAAAAGUUGUAGAAAUUUCUUAUCUUUCUUCAACAUAGGGAAAGGAUCAUAAGAAUAGGGAUGUGCAACUUAACUAUUUGUUUGCUUUAGUGCAAAAGCAGAGAGCAUGCAAGAGUAAGAUAUGACAUAAUGUAAUGAAAUGUCGUCAUUUGCAAUAGCAACUCCUUCAAAUUUAAAUUGGAGAAAUAAAAAAUCUGAAUAAAUAUAAGAGUCCACUAUAAACUAACUACCAAAUUUUCAGCUCUCCACGACAAGCAUAUAAAAUAACAUUAGUCAAUUUGAGUUCAGAAGAGACCUCUGUAAAAGUUUGCAAUAACCGAGUAUUCGCUUUUUUUCUUUUCUUUUCUCCAAGCUUUGGACAUGUGUCAUUAUGGACCCUUUACCAUAUAGCCCAAAGCUUGGCUACUGGUCCGGUUCCACACCACCCUAGGAACGAGUCCAGUCAGCAAGAAUUUAUUGAUAAUUUAGAUAUGUACAAAGUCACAAUGUUUAAAAAAAUAAAAAAAAUUAAAUAUAGUACAAGUUAAUAACACAUAAUAGCAAAAAUAAAGAAAGAAGUAUAGAAAGAAAAACAAAAUUAACUUAAAGGCCGUAAACUGUUAGUUAUUGCCUAAACUAAAUAAACAAUUUUGAAAAAGAUUCCCCCUUCCUUUUUUUGCUUUUUUUUUUUAUACAGAAACCGAGGCUGAAAACAACAUCAAAAAAAGUUUAAGAGGUAAUAAACACUUUCAAGACAUACUUAAAAAGUCAGGUUUGAUUAAAAUUUUAAUAAGGAGUCGUUUUCUGUUAGAAAGUUCAUUACGUUAAUUAAUUUAGAGUUUAAUGUUUUAUUUGUAAAAAAGUUUUUGUGCCAAAUAUACAGGGUGAUUCUAAAAAGAUGGGCAAAAUUUUAGGAAGUGAUAGUACACACCCAAGCAAAGAAUUUUUAACAAAGAAUGCAUGGUCGAAAGCAAAACUACUAGAGGGCGUCAAAGUUUAUGUUCUUAUAUGAAGCAAAAACACACAAAGAACGAUGAAGUUAAGUUAUAAAAGCAAAUUUAAUGGCAUGUGAUUACAAUAAGUGUUCAAAACAGUGGCCAGCAGCGGCUAUGCACGCAGUACAACGACGAAGAAAAGAUAGGCGAACAUUCUGAAACACACCAGGCAUAUCACGAACUUUCUCUGCAGCGGUCGAAAGCUUGGCGACAAGUAACGCAGCGCAGUAACUCGCAACAGGAAUGGAGCUUUCACGUUAGCAUCAAACAACUUUCCAAAUGUGCCAGCACCUUUGCGUUUUGUUUUCGACUAUGCAUUCUUUGAUUAAAAUUGUUUGCUUGGGUGUGUACUAUCGCUUCCUAAAAUUUUGCCCAUCUUUUUAGAAUCUCCCUGUAUAAAUUAUUAAUGUUUGGAAGGCGUGUAUGCCAUGAUAUUGUGUAAAGACAAGUUGAUAAGUAAUGCUCAGGUGUACCUGAAUGACCACAGGUACAAAGGUUUUUAUCCGACCGAGUAUUCACUAUAUACCAGGUUUAUUAUAGCAGGGUUCGUCUAUAUUUAUGUAUGUUUAUAUGCAUGAUUCUACAAAAUUGCUAUAUUUUUACGAGCCAACAUGUUUUAGAAUGGGAAGUAAUGUAACAGCUUUUUAUUUUUAUGUUAAAUGUUGCUAAAAUAUUAGGUGGUAGCUAUAAUUUCUUAUGCAAAAUACAGAGUGUUCUAGGUCUGUAGACCUCUCUCUAUAUAUUACUAGCUUAGAUUUUAUUUUAUGUAUUCUUCCAUGCUAGUCUCAUAAAUUUGUUCAAACUUUAUAUUGCUGUGUUAUGUGCUUGAGAUUUUUGUGUUCUGCAGAUAAAGAAAAAUUUAAAUACAUUUAAAGUAUUUGUUUAAAUAAUAAACAUAUAAGUGCUAGUUUCUUAUUCAAGAUGUGACUCAGUAUUAUUUACAAAAUAUUAAUGGAAUAUUAUGAAAGCAUUGAAGUAAUUUUGCCAUAUUUUUUUCUUUAAUGUACAAUUGUUUAAAAUUAUUUUUUCCUGUUGAAAUGCUAUGGAUGUUUUUUUCCCCUAUAAUAUUUUUAAUAGUUAAUAUUCUCUUCCUUUAAUGAUAUCAAUCUGAAGAUAUAAGUUGAUACAUAUUAAAAUCUUUUUUCCUAUUCCAUAAUACUUUUUACUAUGGUAUCUUUACUAUAGUUUUUUUUUCUAUUCCUAUACCAUAAUAAUUUUGCUGAAAUUAAUUUUGUGUUUUAAAUAACAUAAAUUUUUUUUAAAUAACUAAAAUGGAGAAAGAAGUUUAAUAAAAUAGGAUCUAGUCAUGUUAGUAAAACUUAUAUUUUUAUUUUGUUAUGGAAAUUUUAAAAUAAAAUCUGAUGAAGCCAACAGAUUUCAGAUAGAAAAUUCUGGAAAUGUUUAAAUCUUAAUCAUGAUAAACAUUUACACCUGAUUACAAUCUAUUAUAUUUAUGUAUCUAUAAUUCUAGUAUGUAUGAGAUAUAUCUGUGAAAUUGUUUUACUUUUGUUGUUUUAUCAGAAUCAUUUGUGCAUUGUAUUUUUUUACUACAAUCUAAAGACUGUUAUAGGGCUCAUUUGAUACAUGUAUAUAGCAUAAUUUUGUGAAUACAAAUCAUUGUUCAUUGUUUUUAUUAUAUCAAGAUUUUUAAAUGUUGCAGAAAUAAAGAAUUUUUAAAUUUGGAA